AUGGAGUGUUCCAACUGCGAGUUUACCAUCACUGUUGAAUCUGUGAGUUGUGACCCGCCUUUGCUGAAUGUCGGCGAAAAGCCCAUGGUGUACAACUGCCCGACACUGUACACCGUGGGUUCCACUUGCAACAUUUGGUGCAAAAGCGGAUACCCACGAGCCGGAACGGACACACUCAUCUGCGACUUUGACUUGAAUGGCGAUGCAAAUUGGGAAUGGGACGGGUUUAAACCAUUCUGUCAAGAGACAAACUGUACCGACCUUGAUCCUCCUUUAAACGGCGCGAUGGCUUGCUCCCCCUGGUCCCAUGGCCAGACCUGCCAAAUGCAGUGUAAUGAAGCGUGGGACGUCCCUUAUUCGCAUGCCGGAUUCUUUGUGUGUUCCCUGAAUGACGGUCUUUGGACGCCGCUCAGCAGUUUGCCUGUGCCCGACUGUUCAAGGAGUUUUCAGCCUAAUCGAAUGAGGUUGCCAAAUGAGUACUUCUACUACUCAAAUAACUGCAUCGAUUCGGAAGAGGCUCGCCAAGAAAUAAAAGAAAACUUCACAGCCGCGUUGAACACGUCUCUAUAUAGGGCGGUAUGUGUGAACGUGCCUGAAUGCGAUGCCAAAUACGUGAAUGUCACCUGUGGACCUACUUCAACACGACGUAAGCGAAACGACCAUGCCAUUGUAAAGAAAAAUGUCAAACACGCCUAUGACAUUGCAAAGAGACAAACCAAUGAAGACGCGUAUGUCGUGGGAUUUGAAAUCAGUAUUCCCUUUGAUAAGGCAUCCGGACAGUCGGACGAAGAAAGGUUUGUCGAGAUAGAAGACGUUAUGUAUAAAAUACACGGCGUGUUUGAAGGCGAAAGCGAUUCUGGUCACUUUGACAUCGAAGGUUUGACGACAGACGAGUUUUCUUUAGGAGUUGGCAUAGGUGAAUACGAGUGUCCGACCGGAAUGCGAUCAACAGCAAUGGCGGCUAGUUGUUCCGGUUGUGCCGCGGGCCAUUACAUGAUGCUUGAAACCAGAAUAUGUCAGAACUGUCCCUACGGAACGUAUCAAAAUGAGUCCGGACGCGUUGACUGUAUCGCUUGUCCAGCGAACACAAACACAACGGAAACAGGCACAAGACUUGUCGAAGAUUGUUUAGACAAGUGUCCACCUGGGCAUUUUUCGUCUACGGGUUUAACCCCAUGUGCGCCGUGUCCGUUAGGGUUUUACCAGGCAGCGGAGUAUACAACUUCGUGCAUCGCAUACUAUGAUGUAAAGGUCUCGAACGACAAACCAUUCGCAGCCACGUUUGCCGAGUCCACGCUUAUGUUUACAACUCUGAGCAGGGGUCGCCUAGACAUUGACUUCACCGGCAACAAUGGCGAUUGGAAUAUCAUUGCCAGUGCUACGACUGACCACUCUGAUGGACGAUGGCAUCAAGUUGCCGUGACGUUUAGCGGCGGUGCCGUGGAAGUGUUUGUGAACGGAGAAGCAGUGGUACCCGCCACUGACAUGGGAACCAGCAGGACCAGUAUGUUCGAGGUCGGGGACGUGAUUGCGUUUCAUGGAGUGGUGGACGGCUGUGGUAAUUCAUCCUGCGGGUCUGACCACACGUGUGUUGAUAGGACCAGUGGAUUCGAGUGUGUGCGCAUAUACGGCUACAUGGGUCCUCAAUGCAAAGUUGUUCCUGAUUUCUGUUCGAGUCAUCAGUGUCAGAAUGGUGCUACGUGUGUCAAUGGUCAGAGAAACUACACGUGCGUUUGUCAACUUGGUAUGACCGGAAUUCUGUGUGAUGUUGUGGCCGUUAAUGGGGCUUGGUCAUUGUGGACGCCAUGGAAUUCCUGCACGAAGUCCUGUGAUGGUGGAACCAAAUCACGGACUCGAGCCUGUUCAAGCCCUCCUCCCGAUCCUACAGGCCAACCGUGCACGGGUGCGGUCAGCGAGACACAGCCCUGCGCUGAGGAGAAGUGUCCGUACCAGGCUAGUUCAGGAGAAAUGUAUGGUCACAUGAAGACCCGGUUGGUUCAGGCGAUAUGUGUGGUCACUUCUAGACCAGGCUUUCACAGCAUGACAGAGAUACCGCCUUACUAUGAGUGUGGGCGAGGCUCUAACUAUACCUGGAGCCACCAGAUAUCGGAAACUAACACGAGGGCUCGCCUGCCGAGCUGCAUCAAGGGAGAUCCGCCGUCUACAGUAGAAACCACGUUGCAGUAUGGUUACACGGGCAUUCCGUGUAACGACGCCACUGGCAUGGAAGUGACAAGUCAGGUGACAAGUGUGGUUUCAAGCUUGCAGUGUUUGCUGGAGAGUACAUGCACGGCUCAUGUACAGCACGGAUGUACCGGGGCGAACAGAAAGAAACGUUCUACAGACUCUAUGACAAUAGUGAUCGUGUUGACAUCAUUGUUGCAGUACGAUGGAUCAGGCUUCAAUGUGGACGAAAUGGUCGAUAUAAAUGGAACGGCACCAUCAAGCGAUCUCGUACUGUUCCUUAGGACCGUCGCGCUGCUAGAGAACACAACGCAAUUUCUUUACAACGAAACGGAGACGUUGUUCUCAGUGACGUUGGACGGAGUUUCUUACGUUCCAGACGUCAGCUCAGUUUCCGCAGACUCUUCCGUCCGAGCGGCGCCGUUAGAUACGACUUUGUCUGCGUUGAGGCCCCAGAAGGAACAUAUACGGACGGACUCACGAUCAUUCCGUGUCCAGUGGGCGAGUACCAGGACCAGACAGGCCAGACCGCCUGUAAACCGUGUCCUGAUGGAACAUUUACCUUGGAACUCGGAUCUACAGAACUCGCAGAUUGCUCAGUUCCUGCUAUGA